UACUAUACUACUAUGAAAUUUGUAGUGGACUGUCUCUUUAAAUGACUCUGACCAACCAAUCACCACUCUUCUCUCUAAACCUAUCACAAAGCCGCAGCUCUGAGUUUAACCAAUCAGAGGCAGGACAGGGGCGGGUCCUCGCCCACCUCGGUGGGUAAGGCGUAAAGCCGGUGAGUUUGAGUAGUUGGCUAAGUUAGCAUAUUGCUAACUCCGCCAUGGAAGAUGCCCCCAGACUAAGCUCCACAGUGUCUCCCGAGGAGAAUGGACCAGGGACCUGCGACAGCUCCUGGACGGAAGACGGACUGGUCGAUGCUUUCAGAGACCUGGCCACCCUUCCGGUCGAGGUCGAGGAGAGAAGACCGACGUGUUUACGGUGCCGUCGCCCUCAGAAGGUGUGUCUCUGCCCCUUUCUGCCAACACAACCCCUGGAGGUCUCCACAUGCCUGUACGUAGUGCAGCAUCCCGCAGAGGAGAGCAGAGUUCUUCGCACAGUGCCUCUACUUGCUGCUUGUUUGCCUCCAGGAAAAUGCAAUGUCAUAGUAGGAAGGCGAUUCAGUGAGGAAAAGCACCCAGACCUUGCCGCAUUGUGUCGGGACAGCAGGACGCUGAUCUUGUACCCAGGCCCUAGUUCUCAAAACCUGGAGGAGUUAGUGAAAUACCAGGAAGUAGGAGCUGUAAAACAUAACAUCAUCAUCAUAGACGGCACCUGGAACCAGGCUAAAAGCAUGUUCCUCAAGAACAGCCUGUUCCACCUGCCCAAACAGGUGCAGCUCAACAGGACUUUGUGCAGUCAGUACGUGAUCCGCACACAACCCUCUAACAUCUGUCUGUCCACGCUGGAAUGUGCUGCUGUCGCUCUGUCUAUCCUGGAGCAGAAUGACGCCAUCCAAGAGGUUCUUUUGAGGCCCCUCAAAGCCCUGUGCUCCUUCCAGCUGGAUCACGGUGCUCAGGUUCAUCACAGCAAGGAGCAUCUACUGAAGAACGGCAUGUACGACAAACCUAUGCCCAAGAACAAACGCAAGAUUAAGAGAAUGGAGAAACUCGUCACCGAUCACAACAUCUGCCCCAGAUGAAAGUGGGACUGAGCAGAGAAAAGAGCCUCGACUCAUCUCUGUAUAUACUGCACAGGACUGUAUCACCCACGUGCAGCAGCGUCAGGGUACAGGCAUGGUGACCUCGGGACUUAUGGGAAAUAAAAAAUAAAAAAUUAGUUGGAAGCAGGUCAAUGUAAGUUAUGUAUUUGUCAUUAAUUUGAAAUUAAUUGAUGACAAAGCUGUUGUUGAAUUGUCAUAGAGUGACAAUUAGUCAGGUUUCUGGACUUUCAUUGUUUUUUAAAAAGUUUACAUGAUUCCUUCUUGUGUUUUAUAAACAUUUUGGUAGUUGUGUUCUGCAGGUGCUCAAAUCUGGAAGGGCUGAUUUCAUUCAGAUAAACUACCAAAGACACAGUGAGGAGAAAAAAGUGAAAUAAAUGUGGAAAUAUUAAAUUGGAUGUAAGAUCUCCACAUUUGGCUGAGAGAACUGUUAAAUAAACAGUAAUAGGGAACUUGCAGGUCUUAAAGUAAAAGCAUUGAAUUCAAUUUCAAUUGUAAAAAGUUUGAUUAGUUUUAUCCUAAAAAAUAUUGUUAUAUACUGCUGGGAAGUACAGAACUGUGAUAUAAUAAAUAAAUCAAAGCCA